AUGGUCUUCCCCGGGAGACUUAGCACCGGGUGCUAUAAAACGAACUGGGAACCUCAGCCUUGCAAGGCUGAGCCUAGGACAAAGACCAAAAAGAGGCCCGAUUCGACACAGCCGGUGAGAGUGAGAACACCGUCACGAACAUCACCAUCACCAUCACAACAGCCACCGGUGCCCGUGCCGAGUUCAAGAUCCGAUCUCAUCCCCUCGUCAUUCGCCCCAUCCAGCCCUCCCAAGGCCAUCAUCCCCUGCCUCGAGUGGCAGUCGCUAUGCUAUUUCUUCCACCAACAUGUACUUCACACCCACCGAUCCCCGUGUGAGGGACAUCUUGCGUUUCUGCCUGAACUGUAUCAAGAGAGGGGUAAUGCGCCCUGUCUGAGGAAUGCCAUACUCAGCGUGUAUUACCUUUCGCUCUUCAAUGCCUCCAGGAUGGACGAGCUGUAUGUCAGCGCUCGGAAGCAUUACGGCGCUGCUUUGAAGUCCCUGACCCAAGCACUCAACGAUGAUGAGCUGUCAAUCCAAGACGAAACCUUCGCGGCAGCACUGUUCAUGAGUAUGUUCACAGAAAUCCAAGCCGUAGCCAGUAACCUGUUCUCCUACGCCUGCCUCCCCGCCUCCAUCAGCAUGGCAUACAACCCGGAUUACGUGCUGCGCUUGGGAAUCAUCACCAGCAUGAUCUCCGAAUUCUGUCAAUCAUCCAGCGAGUUCCAACGAAUCGAAGCCGAGCGGUCCCCGAAAGCAUGCGCCAGAUUACUCCACUCGCUGCUGGGACGGGCGUCCAGAGACUAA